AUGGGGCUUCUGUUGUCUUCCGUUUCCUCUGCACCCGCCUACACAGAAAAGCCACAGCUGACAGCUCAGCAUGGGAUCGAGUUGGAGCGGGUAAGAUCGGCUUCCAAAAAGGUUUGUAUACUCAUUUAUUUUUUAGAAAGGCAACAAUACGGAAACAAUCACACCGCUAUCAGAGAUGUCAUCCUCCUGGGAUUUGAAAGGCUGCAUAACAUCAAAUUCUUCCUCUUUUUUCUGUUACUUGUGAUUUACUGUGUGACAGUAUGUGUGAACCUCCUUAUCAUUAUAUUGGUGUACUACAGCAAGACCCUCCUCCAAUCUCCCAUGUACAUCUUCCUCACCCAACUUUCCAUUUCUGACAUCAUGCUGACCACGGACAUUGUGCCCAAUUUGCUUUGUGUUAUACUUCAUGAAAGUGGAAAAGUUCCAAUAGAAAGUUGCCUUCUUCAGUUAAAUUUUUUUAUUUUUUCAGAAACAUCAGAGUGCUUCAUUUUGACGAUAAUGUCUUAUGAUCGGUAUUUGGCCAUCUGUAAACCCCUCUAUUAUAAGUCUAUAAUGAACCAAUCAUUAUAUACAAAACUAGUGGGCAUUUCUUGGCUCCUGAGUCUUUUUGUGAUGUUGAUUAGCACCAUUGAAACUACAAGUUUGGACUUCUGUGGCCCAAAUCUUAUUGACCACUUCUUCUGUGAUGCUGCCCCACUACUAAAACUUUCUUGCUCAGAUACCUCCAGGGUUGAAGAGAUAAUGAUGUUUCUUGGCAUCCCUGUUCUUUUCUUGCCUUUUAUCAUCAUCAUGUUUUCAUAUACUUAUGUCAUUAUCUCCAUCAUGAAAGUUCCAUCUACUACUGGGAAGAAAAAAGCCUUCUCUACAUGUAGUUCCCACCUGACCAUUGUCUGUAUAUUUUAUAUAAGUCUAAUCAGCAUAUAUGUUCUACCAACUAGUGGACAGUCUUCAGCUCUAAGCAAAAUACUUUCCAUUUUUUAUACUGUGGGGACACCAUUGAUAAAUCCAAUGAUAUAUACUCUGAGGAAUAAAGAUAUAAAGGUGGCCUUUGACAAGGUGAUUAAUCAUUUUAUGAAACGGUAUUAUCUAUAA